AAAGGGAGGAACCAGUGUGAAAAGUUAAUAUAUAGUGGAUUAAGGCCUGAAUAACGAUAAUACAGAGUGAAGAACGGGAGAGAAAGGAAGAGGAGGAAGAGAAGGAAGAGAAAAGGAGACAAGUGAUAUAAGAUAUUGUUCUGCUUCUGUUAGCCACACAAACACUCCCUGGGAUGGGCAUACUCCUGUCUUGCUGUGGUGGUGGUGGUGGUGGCGGCGGUGGUGGCAGUCCUUCCUCCAACUACAACAGCAUGUCCAGCUCAGUUGAUCCAGACACAAGACGCAGGCAGAUGGCGGAGGCAGCAGAGGCGAGGUUGAAAGCUCACGAGGGCCGUGGCUUAAAGAAUCCUGAGGCACUGAAGCUGAGGCAGAAGAAGAUUGAGGAGCUGGAGCGAAAGCAGGCAGAGGAAGGAUUGGAAGCUGAAGGAGGACUUAGGUGGCAAGUGAACUGAGGAUGAAGGAUUGACUGCUAGCCUAAUAUGAACUGAAAUGAUCACCCAUACAUGUCAUGUCAUACUUCAUUUUGCUGAUUUAUUAGUUUUUAUUACACUGCCUUUCUCUCUCUCUCUCUCUCUCUGCAGUCAUCAAAUCCACUAAUUAUUGAAAGUUUUCUUUGCUCUCAUAGAUGAAUGAUGAAAUGUUUUCUGUAUCACCUUUAUAAUUACUCUUGUUUUCCAUUUUUUAUCAUCUUUGUAAUAUAUAAUAAUGCCUUAGCUGUGUGCAAUUGAUAUUCAUGUUAUUUUUUACUCAUAUUGCAAUGUAUUUUUAGUGUGUGUGUGUGUUGAAACUGUGGUCCAUAUUUGUAAAUAGUUUAGUUCCUCAUCUAAACUCCCUCAACAUGCUCUAAAUAAAUUCAUUAGCAUCUUCUAGGCAAUUUUCAUGAGUCCAGUGACAGCUUAACAAGAAUUGUAUAACACUAAUGAGAGAAGAAUGAAUGAAUAGAAACUCUCUUGAGAACCUAACAAACCCUCUGUGGCCUUUGAUAAGAGUGGUGGUGAGAGAACAAAGUGUUUCAGAAUAUGAACUAAAGACAGCCAGUGCAAUUAGCCAACUGAUGACAAGAGAAGCAUGCUGCAAUGGUGUAUGUUACAAGUAAAGUAUUCAGUGCUAUGUACUGUAGUUUAUCACUGUCACAACACACUUCCUGUCUCUGUUUCCCCUCAGUCUGAAGUCCUCUAAGAAUGUAUCAUUUAGUAGGUUUUGCAAGAUCACCAGCAGAUCUGAGGAAAUAAGGAUGAGGGGAAGGCAACAGUGGUAGUGAGUGAGCAGGAUAGGUAAGAGUUUUGUACACACAGUAUACAGUAGCAGUUUGUUCAAAGAGGAUUUUAUACUUGAUACAAGCUCCCCACCAAGUGUUCAGUCAAUUGAUGCCUUGUGUCGUGCCACUGUAAGUGUGCAAAGGUCUGUGUGUGUGUUUCUGUAUUAUCUGCUAAAUUUUAUAAAGUUAAGAGUACAACCUUCA